UCAACCUCGGGUGUUCACAUGCCUCAGCUCGUCACUUUGAAUCGUCACUAAUGACGGACUUUACCUUUCUAACCAUAUUCUGCUUAUCAUUAUUUUCCUCCUCACUUCUUUCCUUUUAGGAUCCAGGACUCUUAUAUUCAUCUAUAUCAUAAUAAAAUCCACCUAAUUGGUUAAUCAUGUAUUAAAUAUUUACUUGUCCAGGUACUCAUACCCUUUCUAUCACGCUUCAUAUACCAUCCACCAUUACCUGACCGUCUAUGGCUCUCGGUGACGACAAGUCAUAGACCGCCUCAAUUGGAUGUCAUGUCACCAUGGCGGUGCAAUCGACACUUCGCCAUUCGGCAUCCGAAGAUAUCCUCGUAGCUUUCAUCGACAAGUAUACCACUCUAAUCCGUGAUCGCCUACGAAAAACUUCGAAACGUACGAAGCUCUUCGCAACCCUCGCUCUCGCCGCAUCCAUAAUACUCAGCGCAGAAGGUAGUCGGAGAUGGUGGAAGCGAAAGAGGCAAGAAAGAGAACAGGGCCGAAAGCUUCUGCGCACGAAUUCUUGGUUAUUUAACAAAGAUGGGUCGCGAACUAUAUAUGUCCCGUAUAAAGAUGGGACGUCAAAGGUGGUCAUCAACAGGACGAAACCACUGACCUUCGAAGCGCAUCGUCGACUGUUCUUAAAUCCCCCUAAAGUGUCCGGUCUUGCCGAUGGCACUGUUCCCUCCACGCAGACUAAACCAGGCUUAAAUCUUGCUUUCCUACACCAGUUCCUGAGCUUAAUGAGUAUUAUGAUACCACGAUGGACUAGCAAAGAGGCUGGCUUAUUGGUUAGCCAUGGCGCAUUCCUAAUGCUGCGUACCUACCUUUCCCUCGUUGUUGCGCGUCUGGAUGGUGAAAUUGUGCGUGACUUGGUUGCUGGCAAGGGAAGAUUAUUUCUCUGGGGUCUUGUCAAGUGGUGUGGACUUGGUGGUUUCGCCUCCUACACCAAUUCUAUGAUCAAAUUCUUAGAGUCCAAGGUGUCGAUUGCGUUUCGAACCCGUUUAACAAGAUACAUCCAUGAUCUGUAUCUCAACGACAAUUUGAACUACUACAAGCUUUCGAACUUGGACGGCGGAGUUGGACAAGGAGCCGACCAAUUCAUCACCCAGGACUUGACCCUUUUCUGUGCCUCCGCCGCGAACCUAUACUCCUCGUUGGGGAAGCCUUUUGUAGAUCUAUGUGUUUUCAACUAUCAACUGUAUCGCUCCUUGGGACCUCUGGCGUUAACUGGCCUAAUGAGCAACUAUUUCCUCACAGCGAGUAUUCUACGAAGGAUGUCACCACCCUUUGGAAAGUUAAAGGCGGUAGAGGGACGUAGAGAAGGAGAUUUUAGGAGUCUACACGCCCGUCUAAUCGCCAAUGCCGAAGAGGUUGCCUUCUACGGCGGUGCUGAAAUGGAAAAGACAUUCUUGAACAAGGAAUUCAAAUCUCUCAAGACCUGGAUGGAAGGCAUAUAUCUUCUCAAGAUUCGUUACAAUAUCCUCGAGGACUUCAUCUUGAAAUAUAGCUGGAGCGCUUAUGGCUACCUCUUAUCAUCCUUGCCAGUCUUCCUUCCGGCUUGGGGCGGUGUAGGGGGCGCGAUGGAAAUGGUCGAAAAUGCUGAGAAGGGUGGGCGAGAGCGUAACCGAAUGAAAGAUUUCAUCACGAAUAAACGUCUCAUGCUUUCGCUUGCAGAUGCGGGUGGCCGGAUGAUGUAUUCCAUCAAGGAUCUUUCCGAGUUGGCUGGUUAUACGAGUCGCGUUUACACACUGAUCUCCACGUUACAUCGCGUGCAUGCCAACGCUUACACUCCACAGCCGAGUGGUAAUGAGCUAUAUUCGAUGUCCGAUAUCCAGGGAACCAUCCAGAUGGGCUUUGAUGGUGUACGACUUGAGCAUGUACCCAUUGUCGCGCCAGGUCUUUGGCCCCAAGGUGGCGAAGAGUUGCUAGAGUCACUAUCCAUGAUCGUUCGCCGGGGAGAGCACUUGUUAAUAUCUGGUCCCAAUGGUGUUGGGAAAAGUGCCAUAUCAAGAGUUCUCGCUGGGCUUUGGCCAGUCUAUCGCGGCUUAGUGAGUAGGCCCAAAUCCAUUGGUCAGGAUGGUAUCAUGUUCUUGCCCCAAAGGCCGUACUUAAGCGUUGGCACCCUUCGUGAUCAAAUCAUCUAUCCGGAUGGCGAGUUGGAUAUGCGGCUUAAGCGCAAGAGUGAGGAUGAACUCAAGCGAGUGCUAGAUGCCGCCAAACUUGGCUAUCUACCUGAUCGGGAAGGUGGCUGGGACACGCGAAAGGAGUGGAAAGAUAUUUUAAGCGGUGGUGAAAAGCAAAGGGUUGGUAUUGCCCGUCUGCUAUACCACGAGCCUCAGUACGCCGUCAUCGACGAGGGUACAAGCGCUGUCUCGAGCGAUGUCGAGGGUCUACUCUAUGAGACGUGCAAGGAAAGGGGCAUCACCUUGAUUACGAUAUCUACACGUGCUUCUUUGAAGAAGUACCAUACGUUUAAUCUCAUCCUUGGCGCUGGCGAAAGUGGCGACGAAUGGGAGUUUGAGCGGAUCGGUACGGAACGGGAAAAGAUGCAUGUUGAACGUGAACUUCAGGAACUCCGCGAACGACUUAGCCAAGUCGAGCAGUGGAAGCAGCGUCGCGAGGAGAUCGAGAAGGAGCUGGCACAGGUUUGGGUUGAGGGCGAUGCUUCUCUAGAACCCCCUCCAUAUGUGGAGACUGAGACCUCUGAGCCCGAGCCCGAAAAGACUGAGGCUCAAUGAAUAGAUGUUGCUUAUGAAGGCUACUUGCUACUUCAUCCUUUGCAUAAUACAUGAUGGCUAUGUACGAGUAUAUUAUAGCACGAGGCAAUCGAAAAUCUUGAACACA